UGCUAGUUAUCUCUAAAAUUAAAAUAUGUGGUAGGCUUUCAUUUUGAUGAACAGACACGGAGUAAAGUUAAAGUUUAUAUUUUCAAUAAACAGAGUAAGUGGGAUUUGUAUUUCAGUGGGAAUUGCUUAAAUGGAAGCUUUGAAAUUAUAGAUAUUUGUAGGUAUCUUCGAAAGGAUCCGACUGUGCUCAGCAUUGCGAGCUCAUUGUUAAUUUUGUUGCAUGUUUUGGAGUUGAGUUCGAGCGCCGCUCUCCUACAGGACAUUAUAGGUUGGAUUGGCAACCUGGGAGACAAGGUUUUUAGAGUUCCACAGAAUUAGAAUCAAGGCUUUGUACUGAGACCUUACUAAGUCAUAAAAUUAAAACAAGGUGUGUUUAGAGGGGACAAGAUGCACAAGGAUCAGAUUUUGAAGUUGGCCAAGGGCUUUCGAGGGAGGGCCAAGAAUUGCAUACGCAUUGCUAGAGAGCGUGUAGAGAAAGCCCUUCAGUACUCCUACAGAGAUCGUCGAAACAAGAAACGUGAUAUGCGCGGUCUCUGGAUUCAGAGGAUUAAUGCUGGAACACGUCUGUAUGGGGUGAACUAUGGCGAAUUUAUGCAUGGAUUGAUGAAAGAAAAUAUACAGCUCAACAGAAAGGUCCUCUCAGAGCUUGCUAUGCAUGAACCAUACAGCUUCAAAUCACUAGUGGAUAUUGCAAAGAAUGCAUUUCCAGGAAAUAAAGCUCAAAGUUCUAUAGCUACCAAAGAGACAACAGCUAUGAGCAAGUGACUGUUGCUUCUUUAAAGUUACUGUAAAUGUAAUCCCCAGAGACUUCAGCUUGUUUAGUUAUUAAUCUGAAGCACAAAAGAAGCGUGAAGCAAAAAUAAGGAAUUUUUCAGAUGCUUAUAACUGUGUUCAAGCCUUCUUUUCAUAUUUGAAGAGACCGAGGCACAAAUUCUUUUGAUACACAUAAUUGCUGUAUGGGAAUUCAUAAUGAACACUAUGAAUUAAAGUAUAUAAACAAAAUUAUUGAGUGCUUAGCUGUAUCUGAUGCACAUUGAAUUCCCAUGGACAUGAUUGUGGACGCACAAAUUUUAGAGUUCCAAUUUCAUCAAACGUCAGUUGAGAGUUGAGACAA